CAUCCGUGGGUCAGCCCCACCGAUUGGGUUGCCACUUGCCAAGCUGUCAGUUCACCUGCGGAACUCCGGGUAGUAAGGAGGAAGAGUGGUCUUGCCUGUGAAUUAACUUUGUUUCCAGGGGAACCGUCUAAAACUCCAUCAAAAUGACAUCCACCGGCCAAGCAAUCGAUACUGAUUCCAUGACACUGACUAGAUACACCUUGGCGGAACAGAAGCGAAUUCCCCAUGCUACAGGAGACCUCACACAAUUGUUGGUUAGCAUACAAACAGCAGUCAAAGCCAUUUCUUCAGCGGUCAGGAAAGCCGGCAUUGCCAAGUUAUAUGGCAUGGCUGGUGACGUGAACGUGCAGGGAGAAGAAGUGAAGAAGCUGGACGUCUUGGCCAACGACCUCUUCAUCAACAUGCUCUCAUCGUCCUACACUACCUGUCUCCUUGUCUCGGAGGAGAACCAGACCGUUAUUGAGGUUGAAAAAGACCGCCAGGGAAAAUAUGUCGUUUGCUUCGACCCUCUUGAUGGUUCUUCAAACAUUGACUGCUUAGUGUCAAUCGGUUCAAUAUUUUCCAUCUACAGAAAAGCCUCCUCUGGUGACCCAAGCGUGAAUGAUGCCUUACAGCCAGGCAACAAAUUAGUAGCAGCAGGUUAUGCCUUAUAUGGUUCAGCUACUAUGAUGGUUAUUUCCACUGGCAAUGGUGUCAAUGGCUUCAUGUUAGAUCCUAGCAUCGGAGAAUUUGUCUUGACAGACCCUAACAUGAGAGUCAAAGAAAAAGGCAAAAUUUACAGCUUGAAUGAAGGAUAUGCUAAUCUGUGGGACCCAGCCGUUAAAGAAUAUGUUAUGGGGAAAAAGGCUAAGAAAGCAGGUGCUCGUUACAUUGGCUCAAUGGUUGCUGAUGUUCAUCGUACCCUGAAAUAUGGUGGAAUCUUUAUGUACCCUGCUACUUCUGAUGCACCAAAGGGAAAGUUGAGACUUUUGUAUGAAUGCAACCCCAUGGCUUACUUAAUGGAACAAGCUGGAGGCAAAGCAACCACUGGUAAAAUGAACAUCCUGGAUAUUGUUCCAACAGACAUUCAUCAGCGUUCCCCUAUCUUCCUUGGUUCUUCUGGCGAUGUGCAGGAAAUCAUUGAUUUGUAUAAGAAGCACAAUCUUUAAAAAGCUGUUACACAGCUUAUCUUGGUGAUAUUUUACUGGUAUACAUGAUACUAUGGGAAAUGGUUAUUUUUGUACUAAUUACUAAAUUUUUACAUACAAGUUUGAAAAAUCUUGUACUAUAAAGUAAUAUUCCUGUCAACCAUAUUUUUUGUAUACUGGUAAAUGUAUAUUUUUACAGUAUUAAGCUGUAAGAAGGUUGUUAAAUGCACACUAUUAUAACAGUAUCUGUUAAUUUUGUCUUCCAAAAUGUAAGUAAUGAAAUGGCAAGAAAUUUAUUUUUUGAGGUAGCUGUACUUAACUUUUAAGGUUUGGUCUUUUCCUGCCAAAACUGGAAAUGCUCAAUGGAAUUUACUGAUUCUAGUUCAGUUUGUUGUUCAUUUCAUGGGAAAUUUGUAAAGUACUGCACACCCGCUGUAUGAAAUCCAUGGAAACAAUAAAAAAAAAAAUUAA